UUGUAUAAUGACAGCUUUGAUGGCUGUAGCCGUUAAUGCAUAUGGUGGCGGCGGUUAUGGUGGUGGUGGUGGUGGCGGCGGCGGAUAUUCUAGUGGUGGCGGCGGUUAUGGUGGUGGUGGUGGUGGCUAUGGCGGUGGUGGUGGUGGUUAUGGCGGUGGUGGUGGUGGUUAUGGCGGUGGUGGCCCAGUUUCAGCUUCAUUGGCCGUUUACAGUAACCAUAAUGUCAAUUUCCGACCAGUAUCAAGCCGUGGUUACGGUAAACCAACCAAUGUCUAUGUUGACAGCACAAGUUCUCCAGUCAAUUUUGUUUUCCGAUCUUCAUCUGGUGCCGUCAAUGUUCAACAACAACAUCAAUCAGGCGGUGGUUCAUUCAAAGAAAACUCAUCUGAAGAUGCUCCACAUCGAUUGGUUCAAACUGUCAGAAAACCAAUCAUACAGGAAGUCCGAGAAAUCAUUACCCCAAUGCGAAUCAUCAGACAGGAAAUUCAACCAGUACAAGAAAACAUCCAAACUUUGAUUUCCCGCGAUGAUGGAGCUGGUGGUGGUGGUGGUGGUGGUGGUGCAGGAGGCGCUGGAGGAUUUGGAGCAGGUGGUGGUGGUGGUUUCGGAAUGGGUGGAGGCCGUGGUGGUGGUGGUGGUGGUUGUGGUGGAGGUGGUAUGGGCUGUGGUGGCGGUAGUGGUCUUAGCUACAGUGGUCCAUACGGUAGUGGUAGCAGUUAUGGUGGUGGCCAACGAGGUGGUUAUUAAAAAUCAGUUGAAAAUUUUUCAACAAAAA